GCCUCACCAGAAAAUAUCGAUGUCGAGAGCGAGUUCCAAUGUCUCCGCCGUCUGUAAUGAAAAUGUUUCUUCGGAUGCUGACGAAAUAGUAGAAUUCCGAUCACUUUGGUGGGAGAAGGGAAUAUUUCAUCCGAAAGCAAAAUGGGAGGAAGAAAAACUCCCAUACACCCUUGUAAAAUCUGUAAGUUUAGAGGAAUACGAACUUCGCGUCGACAAAUUUAAUGUUCACGGUUGCUGGGAUUGGAAAGAAAACAAAGUUAUAGUUUAUGAAUGGCCUUCAAAGGUCCAUGAAACAAUUAUUGGCGAGUUAACUUAUCAAAUAUUGAGACAAUUCGAUGCUAUACAUGGUACUCCUGCUCAUAUGUCAAGUAUGGGUGCAGUCCGAACUCGUGCUGACAAUACUGGACAUGAGUCUGAUGCGACAUUUAGACCUCCUAAACCACCAGUACGACCGCCGCAUGGAAGCGACGGAGAGGAUGAGCCUUGGCCUAAUGUUGUGCUCGAAGUUGCUUAUUCUGAAUCAGAAGGUGAUGUCCUGAAGAAAGUACAACAGUUUUGGUUAAAAAAUCCUAGUCGUGUCCAUGACGUGAUAGUGGUUAAAAUCGAUUACGUAGCUCCAGGUGAAACGCCGACACGUAUGCAAGCCUGGCACUUUUGCGUUUCGGACAGGACAACAAGAAAUGCAGACAUUGUAGCGCGAACUUAUUUUGAAUUCGGUACCCAUGAUCAAAAUGGGCGUCCCCUUAAUAUUCAACAAGGAACCUGUGUCAUCAACAUUAAUUUGGAUUGUUUUUAUCAUGGUACAUUUCCAAGAAUUACUAUUCCCCGAAAUCAAGUCCCAGAUCCAAUUCAAUUAGAUUUCUUACUCCUCCGAAAUUGCUUCCUUCGAGCAUUUGAAAAAAUAUAACAAAGUAAAUAGAGUUUCUUCAUUAUAUUAUCUCUAUUUCAAUUGUGACUCCAUUUACUUACACAUAGCUAUACAUCUCAUCCAAAACAAUGGAGGAAUAUCAGUUCCAGUUUAUAAUUUGCUUUAUUGUAUGUCAUGUAACGCUAUAUAAAAGAAUUUAAUUGCUGUAAUCAACACAUAAAUACUAAUAAAAUUCACCCAUAAUUUUUUGCGGAGUGUGACUAAUAAAAAGUUAUGUGUCGAUUA